GCCCCUGACCUGACAAAAUUCUCAGUGCUUUCAUCCAUUCGUUUUCGAUUUCAGUUACAGUAACGUGCUUAGAUUUUGCUCUGCACUUGUUGGCCAAAUUCCCAUGUGACAAAUUUCACCGAUCAAUGAUAAAUUUACUGUUAGCGCGUGCAUUUGCCACUAUCAAAUGGCAGUUUCACCUGAUCACGGGUCAGCAGGAGGAGCGGCAGCAGGAGGUGUCGGCAGCCUGCCACCGGAGGUUAAGCCAUGGCAACGCAUUGACUGGCCAUCCUGCGUGCAGUCGUCACUUUUCAUGGACUGGGGAUCGUACUACGCUCGCCGCUUGCGCAACAAAACGGCUCUCGAAAGCUUCGGCCACGCUCUGGCCGUCUGCAAGGAGGAUCCACAGAAGCAGCAACAGUCCUGCAAGUAUCCCAGCCCCGAGAUGCGCGGAGCCAUAAGGAACUGCCAGAACGAGCAGGGAUUCUGCAGCAGCGACUACAAGACGCUCUACCUGCGCAGUCGGUGCCAGCGAUCGAUUGCCCAGUCGGAGGCCGCCCUGAUGGACGCCACUCGGGCCAAGAAAAUGAUGUGGCUGACCCAGAAGCAGAAGGACGGCCAUGUGGUGGGCACCGCGGACAUUCUCUUGGAGAAGUGCGACGCCCUAUUCGACUGCAACGAAUUCGAAAGAGCCCUCCGGUCGUUGCACACUGAAUCACGCUUCUUCAAUCCCGUCAGCCGGAUGCAGCGACGCUUUGACGUGCGCAAGAGGCGGAUCAUGGGCGUGUUUGAGGACACGGUGGGCGCCACUCUCGGCCCAUUCCUGCAGCAGAAUAGAAGCGCCAUCGAUGAGGUUCUACGCCGUCGUAAGGAAUUGGCCGCCUUUGUGCCCCGUCCGCUGUGGAAGACGCUGCUGGAGCAGCAAAAAUGUGACGUCCAGAGCGUGCUCGACAAGAAGAUAGAAACGCUGACCUCUCUGGAGCGGGCUCGGCGGAAUGCCAGCAAGAACUUCUACAACCACCAGUAUCUGGGCAAAAGUGCCGUGGACGUGGCCCUGCUGCAGCAAUUGCGCAGCAAUGAGAUCUUUCUGAACCCAUUGUCGCACGGCACCACGCCCUAUCUGCGGCAGCUCAGUGGCGAGCAGUAUGGGAUCGUCAGGAAGUUUAUGAAAACAAUGCACGCCCGCAAUCCGAUGUACAACAGCAAAAAGAAGAAAUGCCGAAAGACGCUUAGUGGCGAGAAGAGCCGCGAGAGGUACCUAUUCCAUUUGGAGUACCAGACCAGGCGCGACUGCAUGCGAAUGCUGCGAGAGGUGCACCAGCUGCGUGCUGAAGGCAACGUCGAGGGGCUGACGGGCUACAUCGAGCACAUAAUGUCCACCAUAAUUGACCUGAAGACACAUCGCACGCUGCCCUGGAAGUGGGAGUUCGUCAACGAUGUGUACAAUAGCCUGGCCCUGGCCCAUGCGGAUCAGUGUGCGGUGCCAGCGAACGUUGACUUUUUGGAUCCGGAGAACCGCCUGGUGCUGUACCUGCUGCAGCCGGAGCGCACCAAGGACAUGAACAUCAGCUUUGGCGGACCCAAUCUCUAUCUGGAAAUAAAAAGGGAGGAGGAGCGCAAACUUCGUUCAAACCAGAAGAUGGAACAUCUGGAGGAAAGGCUACGCAACUCCCGCUAUCCCAUCGAGCGUGCCUAUCUGCGUUUCGAGCUGGCCCGCGUACACUUUAAGGAGUUCCGCUUCGACAAGAGCCUGGUCAUGGCCCGCAGUGCCUUCAAUGAGGCACGCAGCUGCAACAGCCUGAUCUGGCGCUACAACAGCAUCUUUCUGGUCUGUCAGGUGCACGCGGUCCUCAGUCGCUUCGAGCGCCUUAAGGAGUCCCUGGGGAAGGCCAGUCAGCUGGCCAAGGAGCUCAGGUCGCGCAAGCUGAUGGCCUAUCUGGCCAUCUGCAACACAGUCAAUGACAACGACCUGAACCUGCGCCGGCUGCGCAACUCGGAGCUGUCCCUGCGAAAACCCCGCAAGCGGCGCAUCAGUGGCAUGCCAUCGUUCAACUCCCUAUCCAUCCUUAGCUGAAUUAGCUCCAGCGAUUGCACUUGGCUUUCAUUUAACCUGUUUUUACGGUGCGAGUGAGAGUCAAGCCAACUGCUUGAGCUUCUACUGCUUCGGAUUGUGACAUCUUGCGGGUGUACCACUGCUUGCCCUGCUCUGAACCCACUUGACCCAAGCCUAUACCGACACAUACAUAUUUAGGAUUUCAAUUUUGCUUUAUUCGCUUGAGUUUGGCUUUGAGUGUUGGUUUCAAUAAAUAUUAAAUAAGUAUUAA